AUGUUUCACUUUCUGCUUUCGGAAGCUACGUGGAGAUAUCUGGAUUCUCCUUUGCACAAGCUGCAUCUUCGAGAGAGGAUCUGCUCUGCCAGCUUCCUGGCCUCUUCUGCGCUGUGGGCCUGCACGCCUCGCCUUCGGCGCUACCGGGAGAUCCAUCCAGACACGAGGCCGGCUUUUGCAUCCGACAUGGGCCAGCGAUUCGCGAAGAUGCUGAAGACCUUGGGCGCACCUGCCGUCGUCUGUGUGGAGAAACCCUAUCUAGAAGGCUUCACCGACGGCUUUGCAGGAUCAGCUGCGGGAGACUUCAUCCUGCUCGCUGUCAAUGGAGGAGAUGCGCCACUGUCGGCAGAGACCCAGCGCCGCAUCGCAUCGCUUCCGGGAUUGAAGGCUUGCUUUGCCAUGAACCUCCACACGCCGUCAGAUGAGCGCUUCUUUCCACUGCCGGUGGGCCUCCCUCACCACUGUGAUGGCCUUCACCGUGGCAAUCUCCGUGGAUCAGGCGACGCCGAGUUGCUGAUUGAGCGAAUUUGGAGCUGCUCUUCCCCGUGGCAAGAGCGCGACACAAGGCUGCUGGUGACACCCAUGCAGGCGAGUCGCCUGCGGACGAGAUACGUCGAAUUGCUGACCCAGCCUGUGGCUUCGCUGCACUGUGUGGUGCGCAAGUUGACACAUGUAUCGGGACCCGAGCCCAGGAGCAAUAAUUUAGUGCUGCUGAAACAAUCCUACCCCAAAGAUCUGUCAGUCUGUUUAGACGCAGAAACAUUUCUUCUGAUGCCAGGAGUUCUCACACCUCGUGAAUGUCGUGACGGGCCGGUUGGACUUCGCUGA